UCUAUAAUAAUAUUGUGAAACGUUAUGUGUUUUUUUUUUUUUUUUUUUUUUUUGUAAUUUUAUGGAAAAAAAUGUGAAAUCUUUUUUUUUUUUUUUAAUUAAACUAAUGUCAAUGUGUACAAUGUAGACUUCUUCGUUUUUAAUUAUAAAAAAAAAAUAAUCGAAUUAUAUGCUUGAUGCAUAAUUUUUUAAUUUUCAAUGAACGAUGCUCCAAUAAUGUUUGUAAUAGUUUUACGCCAAAACAACUAAAAAAAAUAAGAAAAAAUACAAAAUAUUUGACAUUUACUUAAUAAUUUAUCAAAUUCUUUUUAUCGAAAAAAAAUAAACUUCGGUUGCGGAUUAAAUCUUAUUUAUUGUUUCCAAUCUUCUUUUUUUUUGUUUUUUUUCCCCCAUUAGUCUUUUGUUUUAAUUUCAAUUUUCGUGUUUCGUAACGUUAAAAUAAAUCAAUUUUUAUUUACCUUUUUUUUUUGUAAACAAAAAGGGGAAAAUAAAAUUCUUGUAAUGGAUAAAAAACAAAGUCCCACUUAUUGGUGGACUGAUCAGGAUAAAGAAAUAAUAAGUCCUCCUCUAGAUUAUUCUUUCAUGAAAGCUGUUUCAUUUGAUGACCUGACAAAUAAAAAUUUACAAACAACAAGAACCGGAAGAAUUCCAAAACGAACAGCGGAAAAUCGCUAUCAAACAAAUUCCCUUUGGCUUAGUCAUAAUUCAAUAAUAUCAACGGCAAAACUCACAAAUUUUGUGAACAAUACACUUGAUAAUCCAAGUAUGCUGAGUUGGUUGGAUCUUUCGUUUAAUGAAAUUACAGAAAUUGGUGAAGAAUUUGUCCAAUUUUCAAAUUUAAAAAUCAUUUAUUUACAUGGUAACAAAAUGUCAAAUAUAAACAAUAUUUUGAAAUUAAGAAAAUUAACAAAACUUCGUACUCUAACAUUACACGGCAAUCCAAUUGAAUUAUUAUCAAACUAUAGAUCAUAUAUUGUCAUUCUAUUACCGAAACUUUUAAAUUUGGAUUUUUCACCAAUAAUUAUGCAAGAAAGAAAAAAAGCAUUACCUACAGAAUUUUUUAAAACAAUCAACACUUCUAAUUAAACGGACACACAAUUUUAUUAUAUAGUUUUGUAAAAAUAUUUUUGUACAGAAGUGAAAAUUUAUUAUACACUGGUGUGCAAAUGUUUUCUUUUCACAUCAUUUUCUUUUUUUUUUUUUUU